AUCAGCAACCUUCUACCGAGACGGAGAACCGAACCUCUCUCUGGGGACAGGUCUUCGUGACAAUUGCGGUCAAUCAGGCUGGCAUUGUCAGAAACGUGACCGCACGUUCCCAGUCGGAAGAGCCUGAGACGCUCGUCGGCGACCGAGCGGUCCAGACGUGCCUCGUCGAUCUUCUCAAAGAGAAGCAUCGGAUCUGUGCUCGCGUCAUCGAUUACCACCUGCCGAUUCUAUCAGACUGUAAAGAGAGAUCCUUUGGUUCGAGGCAUAACGAGAUCAUUAACGAAGUAUCAAACCAGGAUCGAACGAGAUAUACCCGAGGAUCUCACUAAAAAUAAAGAACGCGCAACUGCAUCGGGAAUAUUUUUGUCGUAGAAAAAGUUCCGAGAGAGGGAAAAAGUACACGGCUGUGAUCCACGAAACCUAAAUACCGAGCUAAGAAUAUUAACUAGUGUACAUUGUGUCAUCUUUAGCUCUGACGAGCCUGCGAGAUCGGUGUGGACCUGGAGAACCAAAGAAUCCAGAUCGCACAUACACAAGAGUCGCACGACGCUUUGGCCGGGACAACCGCGGACGGGUCCCCUGCUAUCGACCGAUCGAUUGCAAUUACUUUUGGGAUAGAAAAUAAAGAAAAACGAGGAGAAAAAAAAGACGCACAAAGUGCUCGUGGACGGGCAUCAAUGCAUCCCAGACAGUGGGAAGGGUUGAUUUUGCCGAGAAGCAUUGUCGAGCAUUGUCUCGAGACGGUGGCCCGUUAUCGUCUACGGAGUAUUUCAUGAUCGUUUCCCCAUGAGAGAAACCAGCCACGCUAUCGUCGUUACGAUCGUCAUCGUGAUUACAUCUCACCUGCUGCGUCCGCGACAUUGUCCGGCGUUGUCCGAGAAAAAGUGCCAGACUGUGAUACUACCCCGUGUGAUAGAGAAAUCGCCUUGUGAUCCGUGUUUUACCUCACCGUACUCAAUGUCCGCGAACCGAUUGAACGUGCUUGUGACCAUGAUGAUCGCCAUUGCGUUCCUUGCAACGGAAUCAGGAAACGCACAAGCGGACGGUUACCCCCAAUUUAAUCCGAAGCGACCCACCAUGAGCGUGCCGCAAAAAUAUUGCGGCAAGAAGCUCUCUAAUGCUCUGCAGAUAAUCUGUGAUGGCGUGUACAAUUCCAUGUUUAAAAAGAGUGGUCAAGCCCGGGAAGAAGGGAGUACCGGCCACAGAGAUAUCAACUUUGACUACGUACGCACCCAAGAAAUGGAGAUGGCCGAUUAUCCGCUGGCUUACGAGUUUCCCCCGUUCCUACCCCGAGCAAGAGCACGGGGGAUGCUUGAUGGACCCUUCGCCGGCAGACGCUAUCGAAGGGAAUCGCGAGGCAUCCACGAGGAAUGCUGUCUUAAUGCGUGCACGAUAAGCGAACUGUCCAGCUAUUGCGGUCCCUAAGCGCGCGUCCGGAAACCGGUAAUCCUUUGACCUCUGCUUUACCGCUCGUUCACCAUGCAACCGAAUAAUCUUAGACACACGCGCGUAUAUCCAUAUAUUUACAUACAGACAUACACACACACAAAUACACACACACACACACACACACACACACACCACAUAUGUGCAAUACAUGUUUGGAAAGUUUACCAGUUGCAUCAUCGCUCAUGCUGGAGACUGACUCGUGAUAAUUAUGUAUACAUUUAUGUAAUUUUAUGCGGAGAAACUGAUUUCUCUCAACGCAUGAUCGUGUGCGGGAUUGUAUUAUUUUCUUCAUGAUUUUCUAAGGACAAAGAGACAGCGAAGAUAAGACAAAACUCGAAAGAGACAUAGAGUCUUAAAAAAUGAAGUAUAAAAUCACCAGAAACCUUACGUUCUUCAAAUUAACUAUAUUUGUCUAAAAUUAUAAUAACUUUUUUGUGAUUGAGAAUGCUUUUUAUAUAUUAUAAUUAUAUGGUAACAUAAUUAUUGUAGGUAAUUUAGAAACAAAAUCUAUUUAGUCGGAUUUAAGUUUCUUCAGUUUGUAAGUCCCGAUAUUUAUUCGAAUAUUUGACAUAACUCUUCCUUCGCUUACUCUAUGAUCAUGAAAUAAUUAAAGCAAAGUUCUCGAAAUGUCUGACAAUUAGCUGCAUUAUACGUAUAAAACAACAUUUUAACCAAAAUUAUUUUACCUAAAUUGUUGACAAUUUAAUAUAAUAAAUUGUACCAGAGUUAUUAUGCCCUAAAUUUCAUUUUGUUUCUAUAAAUAUAAUCCUUUCGCUAUAAAUGUGCACAUUGAUCAAGAGCUUUGAAUCACGGUUUACAGAUAAGCUAUGAUAUACAAUCGAAAAUGUGUAAAAGGAAAGAUUAACGAUUUCUCGAAAAGACGUCAAAUUGCAGUCAAAUUAAAUAUUUAUACAGCAUACAGCUUAUAAUCGUAUGCGAUAUUUAUCAUAUACUUUUUACGAUCGAAAGAAACAUCAUCAAUGCCCAUAUUUUGUGAAUCAGUCUGCGAAAGUUAAAUCGGGAAAAAGAAUCAACGUAAAAAAAUGGCAAGAAACCGCGAUCUGUAGACACAUAUAUAUCUAGCGUGUGAUCUCAUAUAAUUAUACUGGCGAUCAUCGUGCGACAUAUGUGAAAAAUGAAAAACGCACCUGUCGACGAUAUCACGCGACUUCAUGCUUGCCUCGAAAUUGAUCUUGGACUUGGAUAUUGGAUUGUAUUUUUUUAGUCUGUGUUUUUUUUUUUGUUGGGCAGCAUCGAAUGACAUGCGUAAUGCGAUUCUUUGAUUUACAUGUACGAGUAAUUGCACCUUUCUCAUUUUGACCGACAAGGGUUUUUGCGUACACAUUUUACAUUUCGAUAACUCUACAUACGCGUGCAUCGUUGGCAAAUGUCCUGCUCGUGAGCUAAGUGUUGAAAAAAUUUGUCGCAAUUAUCGGGGGAUAUAGUCUCAACUCGUAUGGUGAUUUCUGACGACGAAGCGCAGAAGAAAUAGCUCGAUAGCCAUUAAUUUCUUGUAUAACCGUAAUAACUCCUUCUCUUUUUUAAUACCAAACUCGAAAUCCGUUGAACGACGCGAAACGUGAAAAGGAUCAUCAUCAUGAACGGAUGUCGUGUUUACUAUUUUACUCUGUAGCUUAUUUUUAAUCAGUUAUUUUUAAUCUGCCAGAGGCUGUGACAAAUUUCAAUGAGCACUCCACGAUUAUACUCUCUGCGCGCGCGCAUAUGGUGAUAUUAUUCUUCUUCAUAUAGAACAUGUAUACUCAAUGAUUAUGUAUCCUAUUCUCGAAGGAAGGACCAAGGUAAAGUGCGCUCGCGCAAAUCGGGAAGCUCAGAUUAUGCACAUCGAUGUAUCGCUUGUAGUGAAAUAUGUGGGCAAGAUGGAUUGACACUUUGCAAGGCGAUCCAAAUGAGUGUUCUUGACUAUAACUUGGUACUUUAAGCCGUGCAGUAAAAAAUAAUUUUAAUGAGACAAUAUAUAUUAGUAAAACGAUAUAAACAAUAUGUAUCAGUAAAACAAUAUAAUAAGCCGAAAUUACGAAAAAAUUUUAUGAUUAUUUGAUGAUCAAUUUAGGUUGAACCGCGCGACAGAAAAGAAUGACGAAUAAGAGAAAAUAUUUACCGUGAAAUAUAGCAUAUUGUUGUAAAGGAAAAGAAACUGGGAUAAAUUAGCGAGGCACACCAUGAAUCGAAAAAUUACACUCGCCAAUCAUUUAUUCGAGAAGUUUUAUAAUAAUAUCGUUUUGUUUUUUCACUGAGAUAAUGUUAACUUUUGUGACGUAUUGAGUGAUCUCUAAAUCGCAUGUCAUUAAUCUCGUCACGCACAUCUAGCGUAAGAGCACGUUUCAUUCCGAAUUAUAUAUUGUCCUCACCGAAGAGUUAUUUUAACGCUUCUCCUGCGCGAUUAACUGAAUCUGUCUGUAUCAUAGGUAAAUCUGUAAACAGCGAAUCGCUAAUCCCGAGUAAGUUGACGCAAUCCAUCUCGUCGCGAUUCGCGGGGGAAGUUCGGUAACAUGCAAAUUCGAAAAAAAAAGAGUACAUUCUCUUUAUCCAAUUUUUAUAAUUUUUACAAAAAGCGCUUUAAUAAUUUUUAAUCAAUAUUUUAUAAAUGAUUUUGACUUUUUUAAAGGAAUAAAAAAAGGAAAGUCGAAAAAAUUGGCUUUAUCCUUUAAAAUUUAGUUUUUCUAAUCUCGACUAACAAUAAGAUUAAUUAUUUGAUAUCUUUUGAAUUUAGAAAGUCACCGAAUUUUCUUUAUAAUCAUAAUAUCAUUUCCAUGUGCGCUUCUCGCCUACUCGCCUACCGUUGGAUCUCUCAGUGAAUAAUGCGACAAAAUGAUGAUAACCGUCAAGGUCAUAAGUUAUUGAUUAGAUGAGAGUCAUCGUAAUCACGUUUAUCAUAUUCAUCAUCUCGAGAUUAGUCCUAUUUGCCGCGUUAGCGCCGUUAUGAUCAUUAUUAUCAUUUCUCAUUCUCUCGUCAUCCCUUGUCAUCGUCAUAAUGAGAUGUGAUCUGUAUCGCUAAUGUUGCUGCCGAGCUUGCUUCAGUACAUUUCGACCGCGUUUCUCGCGUGCUAUUUUCUUUAUCCUCCCAUCUGUCCCCGUUUCAUUUCGGCAAUCUCCCUCAUGCGAUGAUUGUAAUAUAAUAUGGAAACAAGUAAGGGUCGAGACACACGAUGAAAUAACGAAAUCAGAUAUAAACGGUAAGGGAUAAAGUUUACAACGUACAGCAAAGUAAUCACACUUAUAUCGAGCAAUCGAUAUCGUAAGAGACAUACGGAUGUGUACAAGAAAAAAAAAAAAAAUA